AUGUGGAGGAAAGCUUUGGCGGGUGCUCGAGUCCAGGUAAGCAUUACUGGGAACAACUUAUAUGUUUUUUCAUUCCCUUCUGAAAGUGCUCGGGACUGGGUCCUCGAAAAUGGCCCCUGGCAUAUAUUGAACAAGCCUCUAAUUUUAAGGAAAUGUGAAUCGAAUCUUCAAAAAUUAAUCUUUGAUCUUUCUAGCUUGUCAAUAUGGGUCCAUCUUUAUAAUGUCACUUUAGAGUUAUACUCUCGUUUAGGCCUAAGCUACAUAGCAAGUGUAAUUGGUACUCCACUCUCUAUGGAUAUUGUUACUGCAGCUAAAACACACCUUGAAUAUGCUAAGCUCUGUAUUGUAAUAGGAGCCAAUGAUGUUAUUCCUAAAUAUGUAGAAGUGGAACUAAAUGAGGGAAAAAAGGUCUCGAUUAUGAUUGAAGUGCCUUCGAUGCCAGCACUGUGUAACUACUGCAAAAUCUUUAGCCAUAAUGACAAGGGCUGUAUGCAGUCUAAAAACCCAGUAACUACCAAACCUCAAGUUUGGAGGAAAAAGGAAACUUUCUAUAAAGUAACAGAGAUUGAAUCAUCUAUAGGAUGUAUAGAGUUACUGCAAGAGAAAAAAGACUUCCAUUCGAAGGAAAAUAAUGAAAUUAGUGCAGCUGUUGAAGAAUAUGAUAAUGAAAACAAUGAACUAAAAGAUGAACAACAAGAUUAUUGUGUCACUGUUGAUAAAAAAACCAAGAAAAUACCUUCUGCUCUAGUGGAAAAUCAAAGGAAAUCAUGCGCAUCUUCACAAGGUGUGGCUGCCAUAGUCAAGGAACUCAAGUCGAAAAAGAAAGACAUAGUAGAUAAAUCAAAGUGUGCUGAAGACAAAGUAAUUAGAAGAGCCAAUCAAAACAAAGUGGAUGUUUUUUGUUUGCUGGAGACAAGAGUGAAAGUAGAAAAGUCUGUAGCAAUUAUUGGAAGCAAAUUUACUGGCUGGAAUGCACAUACUAACUAUGAUUAUGCCUUAAAUGGUAGGAUAUGGAUCCUUUGGAGAAAAAGUCUUAACUUCUCGUUACAUGAUUUGAAAGCUAUUAUAGGUCUUGCCCCUUGGAUUAUUGGUAGAGACUUCAACAUAACUCUUCACUCAUAUGAAAGUUCUGAAUGUGACCUCAUUGGCCCAUUAUCUUCUUCUGAGAUGAGAUACUUUCAAGAAGAUUCCUAUCUUGCUAGGAAACUUGAUACAGUUUUAGUUAAUUCUAAAUGGGUGACCACUCACAAGGACUCUCAUGUAGAAUUCCAAGCCCCUGGUAUCUCUGAUCAUUGCCUUGCUCAAUUGCUCUUAAAAAAUAAAAAAGACACCAUUCGUAUCCUUAUAGAUGAGAAUGGUAAUAGGUUGGAAUCUUAUGAGCAAAUGUCUGCAGAGGUGAUUAAAUUCUUCACUAACUUGAUUGGCACUGCUGAUCCUGCAAUUAAAGACACCAAUCAAAAUCUGUUGAAGGAUUUAAUCAAGUAUUCCUUGCCUGCUGAUAAGGCUAAUGAUCUUGUGAAGGAUGUUACUAAGGAGGAAAUUAAAAAGGCUUUCUUCAGUCAAGGAAAUGAAAAAUGUCCAGGACCUGAUGAGUCAUUUCUCCUCCCUGCCUUCAAUGCUACUAUUAUUGCAUUCGUUCCAAAGAUCCCUAACCCAAGUAAGGUAAAGGACUUUAGGCCACUUUCAUGUUGUUCAGUGGUCUACAAAGUCAUCUCAAAGAUUAUGGUUAGAAGACUAACUACUAUUAUGCCUGAUCUGGUUACUCUAAACCAAACCGCUUUUGUUAAAGGGAGAAGCAUCACUGACAACACUUUACUUGCUCAAGAAUUAGUUAGAGGCUAUAGUAGAAAGAACUUAUCUCCUAGAUGCUCUCUAAAAAUAGACCUCCACAAAGCCUUUGAUUCACUUAAUUGCAACUUCAUUUCUGCCAUAUUGAAGGCCAUUGGUCUUCCAAGACUCCUUAACUUGGCAGCAUCAAGAGAGGUUAGCGUGUCAGGGCUGUCUUACAUGUGGUUGGUAGAACCGGCAGUGGCAGCGGAUUGGUGGAAACGGCGGUGGCAGAUCUCAUUGGCUUGA